CUGUGGUGAUGGGAGGGAGGUUAUAAAUAGCGAGUUGGUGAAAAGCUUUGUUGUUUGAGCACAUAGCUAACGGUCCAUAGAGGCAAGGAUAGAAACACCUGCGAAACUUCUUUUUUUUUCAACGAUGAACAGAAUUAUUCUCAGCAUUUUCGCAGUUGGCCUGUGUUUUUCAGUUGGCCAGGCUCUGCAGUGCUUCAACUGUGAGCUCUGCAUCUUCAACUUGUUCCAGACCAAAGUCACCUGCGGCGCUGACGAGCAAUGUUUCACCGGUGUCGGAAAAGCAGCUCAGGUUUUGGACAUCAAGACAAAAGGCUGCCUGAAAAUGAACGACUGCAACAAGGUGUCUACAACCAAGUUCCCUUCCAUUUCCAACGUCACAGUCUACAGCGUAAACAAGACCUGCUGUAGCUCGGACCUGUGUAACGCUGCCCCGGGCCAGCCCCGAAUGAGAAUCCUGCACCUGGCCCUCGCCACCACCUUCAUGACCAAAGUCCUAGUGUAAGGGGGGGGCCCUCUGGCCUAUACAUGUACAGAGGUUGAUACGCAUGUAGGUUGAUGGUUCACACAUGCCAACAUUAGCAGCAAUCUGUCCAUGUAUAGAAGUCCUGCAUUAUCUUAUAUAAUUUAGGCCAAGGAGGAAACAUUUAGUGUAUCAUACCAUCUAAACUUCAAUUAUUUCCACUAAAAAAUUAGAUUUGUCCUUGAUGCCUCUGGAAAUCUCUAAAUUAGGUUUAUUGCUCACUUGGAAAUGCAGUCAGAUUAGCUUUUCCCUGACCCUCAUUCCGUUGCACUUACACACCACGAAAAACACUCAAUUAAAUGGAAUGCUCACAUACAAUAGGCAACUUUUCAUCAACUUAAUUGAGCAGAUGUCUUCUGGCACUUUAUUAGGAUGAAGCGCUUCAGUCAUUAUACUGUAUAACCAAUGAAUGUGUAUACUGACUGAUUCAUUCAUCUUCAAUAGGGAGCUCCGCUAACAAAGACAAUAUUUACCAACUUUGGUGUUGGUUAUACCUGCUUGUACAGUAGGUGUCAUGGGUGAUGGACUGCAUUCAGUGUUGUCCCAAUUGCCAUGCUCUAUUAUACAGUAUCCCUGAGGCCAAUGUAUACAUUAAAGGUUAAGUACAUGCCAUUUCAGUCCAUGUUAAUUUCAGAUGAAUGCUAAUUUCAAACCACUAUUUCAAUUUGAUAUUCAAUGUUAAUGAGCCGAUUAUUCAGCCACUUGGUGUUGGGGAGCUCCACUGAUCACCCAAAUUACAAUUAAUAAUGCAAUUGCUCUAUGACCAUGUUUCCCCCAUUGAUGACCUAGACCAAAGGAGGGCCAGUUGCUAAACUAGUCUCUGUCCCUAGAGAGGGCAAACAAUGUGGUUAAUCUGAUCGGGAAUUGUAUCUUUGUCCACCCUGCAUAUUCCUUUUUGCCUAAAGUAAUACUUGUAUUUGUAUGGCAAUAUUAGAAUGUAGGUGUAGAUAAUUAAAUCAAGCUUUUAUAAAUGCUAUUUUUAUUAAUAGGAUUUUCUAGGUUAAUUAGAAAUGUUAAACUUACUUGUUUAGGAAGAACUGUGUACUAACUGUAAAUGGCUUGACUGGUUAGCUAAAUAUGAAACAUUUUAUUUUGAAAACCUAUUUUUAAACUGUAAAUGUGUAUACUGUACGUGAUUGCUGGGUGACUGCAAAAAUAAAUGAUUAAAGCUUUUACAAAAUCCCUCA